UUUUUUUAAUUGGUUCCCUCUUUAUAUAAAGCGAAAGAGAAGAGGCAGCGGCAGAGUCCUAAAGAUUGUGUGGCUUCUCUCUUUCUCUCUCAUUCAUUAUAAACCGGGUCUCAUUUCAUUGCCUCUGAGACUCUGUGUUGUGGUUGUGGCUGUGGUUGUGAGGUUCUAGAUAGAUAGAGAUAGAGAGAUAGAGAGAUGGCUGAAGAGAGUGUUGUGGGGUCUACUGAUGUUCACGUGAAGAGGCCAAGAGAAGAAGAGGAAGAGAAUGGGGUCUCAUCUGUGUCCAUGGAGGUUGAAGGGAGCAACAAGGAACAGCAACCUGAUUGUAUUUCUGCUGUGAUUCCUGGCUGGUUCUCUGAGAUUAGCCCAAUGUGGCCUGGAGAGGCACACUCCUUGAAGGUUGAGAAGAUCCUAUUUCAGGGAAAUUCUGAAUAUCAGAAAGUCAUGGUCUUUCAGUCAUCAACAUAUGGAAAGGUUCUUGUCUUGGAUGGGGUGAUUCAACUCACCGAAAGAGAUGAAUGUGCAUACCAAGAAAUGAUUGUCCACCUUCCACUUUGCUCAAUUUCAAACCCAAAGAAGGUUUUGGUUAUUGGUGGAGGAGAUGGCGGGGUUUUGCGUGAAGUGUCUCGCCAUUCAUCUGUUGAGCAGAUUGAUAUAUGUGAAAUUGAUAAGAUGGUAGUCGAUGUUUCCAAACAGUUUUUCCCUGCCGUAGCAGUUGGUUAUGAGGAUCCCCGUGUGACUCUUCAUAUUGGUGAUGGAGUUGCAUUUUUGAAGGCUGUUCCUGAAGGAACUUAUGAUGCUGUUAUAGUGGAUUCUUCGGACCCAAUAGGUCCUGCACAAGAGCUUUUUGAGAAGCCAUUUUUUGAAUCAGUGGCAAGGGCUCUUCGACCAGGGGGAGUGGUGUGUACCCAGGCAGAAAGUAUAUGGCUUCACAUGCACAUCAUUGAGGACAUUGUGAAAAACUGUCGCCAGAUAUUUAAAGGCUCUGUCAACUAUGCAUGGACCACAGUGCCCACAUACCCAAGUGGGGUGAUUGGUUUUAUGCUUUGCUCUACUGAGGGGCCUCCUGUUGAUUUCAAGCAUCCAGUGAAUCCAAUAGAUGCAAAUGAUAGUCAAAGCAAAUCCAAAGGACCCUUGAAAUUUUACAACUCAGAGAUUCAUACAGCAGCUUUCUGUUUGCCUUCUUUUGCAAAGAAGGUAAUUGAACCGAAAACAAAAUGAGGAAAUUUUUUAGAAUACAGAGCAGAUAUGGCUGUUGUAGAGUGCCUUUGAUCAUCUUCACCAAAAUGGUCCAUCUAGAAGUAACAAUGGAAUAAGUUGAGGUUUAAAUUGAUGUUCUGAGCAUUGGAUAGAGAGUUGUAGCAUGUUUAUUGAUGGAAAGAGAUUGUUUCUGUUCCAUAUGAUCAGUUUUUAUUAUGGAAAUAUGGUAAUCUUUCUGAGA